AUGACCGUCUUCAAAUACACCCAGGCCCUGUAUAUGCAGCGCCUGGGCAGUGGUGGAAGUGGACGCCCGAGCUUCAACUCGGGUCGAGGCGGGGGUCAGUUGGUGUGCCCUGCUGUCAUCCCUCCCCAGGCCUUGGGCUUCCGUCGCACCCAGCCCACCCGGGACCACCUGCUCCUGUGGGACUACCAGGGCACCCUCUUCAUGCUGCGCAACGGUGUGAUGUCAUCGCUGCACGGUCAGCUGACCUGGAGACGCGCAGCGCGCCCCUCCAUUCUGUGCCGUCAUGCCAAAGAUUUUGCUGUGGACCCCCGCAGUGACAUCUCUCACCGCAUGUACGUGUACGUCCUCGUGAGCCGCUUGGAUGCCCCCCUCGCUCCUAACGCAGCUGGAACUUCAGGCUCAACUCUGUCACCUCAGAGGUGCGACUGUGUGGAGGUCUACCAGCAGGACAAUGGCCUCAGGGUCUUCCGCAUGACCUUCCACGCCUCGCUGACCUUCACCCAGAUCCGCCUCACCGGGACAGAGUUCAACCGGAGCCUGCUGUUGCUCACAAACACAGGGAAGGUGUAUGUGCUGUAUGUGAACGAGGCCCAUCUGAACACCCCUCGCUCCUACACCGUGCAGCUGUCACUCAAGAAGAUCAGCAGUUUGAUGCCAACCAUGUCAAUCAGAAAGUUGCACACAGGCUUCAACAGUGCUCUGUACCUCACAACUGAGGGUACAGUUUACAUCGAGGUGCAUUCAGCUGGAGUCUACCGCCAACUGUUUGGGUCCAAUGUUGGCUUUGAUCCCCAAGACAUCCACGUCCCUAUGCCUCUCUCCAUCCCCAAUAAGGUGGUUAAGUGCUCUAUGAGUCUGACGCAUCUGGGCCUGGUGGAUGACUGUGGCCAGCUCUACAUGCAAGGCUGCAACCGCUAUGGGCAGCUUGGAACAGGAGACAAGAUUGACCGAGGGGAGCCCACUAAGGUGGCGCUGUCUUCAGCCCUGGUGGAUGUGUGGUGUGGACUGAACCACUCACUCGCCCUGCUCCAGGGGGGCUCCGGCAGCAGGGAAGUCCACGGCUGUGGAUGUGGUGCCGGAGGUCGUCUACCUGGACGUCCUGCUGGCAGUGCUGUCUUUGUCAAACUUAGCGUGCAGGCGCCUCGCUGCACACGGUCCAUCUGCGCCUCCAAGGAUUGCCUGUACCUCCUCUGCAGCUUUGACAUCGAGGAGCCCCCCGUCACCUACCCCAUGCCGGUUGAGGCGAAGGACAAGCAGGAGAGGGACGUGCACAAGGAGAGGGAGCGCCUGAGUACGCACCUGACUCUGAUGAAGGACUGCGACAGCAUGCAGGAGCAGCUGGACAUGCUGCGGGGCACCAUCCAGACCCACAUGACCCUCAGCUCCACCCACAGGGACUUCCUGGACCAGGCCCUUACCACAAUCCAGCACUCAUCCUCCUCCCCGAUGGACUCCUAGGUCCACUUACCGCAGGCUGCUGGCUGUAGCCAGAGAGUGUUUUUCUUCCAUGCCAAAAAGGUUUAUUUUAAUACCAAAUAAAUGUACUUCUUGCAAAUUGCAGCUGGAGUUCUUUCAAUCUCACCACAGACCAUCAGACGCACAAGGCUGGGGUUUUAUGUUGGUUGUCACACUUGUGUGUCACUCUUGUGUGCAUUUGUAAAUGUCAGGGACUCAUACAAGCCAUUUUGAGUAAAAUAGAAUAUGUCAUGACUACAAAUAGCUGUAUCUUUUACAUAGGCUA